CUGAACCGAGACUGACGUCUUCGAUCUUCGUCUUCCAGAAUGACACAAGAUGAGAUAAAUGCGCCGCUCCUCCCUGAGCUUAGGUCUCCGGCGACGGAGAGUAAGAGAUCUGCCACUGGCGGUGGCGCUUCGGUCCCUGGCGCAGUGUUCAAUGUGUCGACGAGUAUUAUUGGAGCUGGAAUUAUGUCGAUUCCCGCAACUCUCAAGGUGUUAGGCAUCGUUCCGGCGUUCGUUCUUAUCGUGAUCGUCGCUUUCCUCUGCAAUUUCUCCGUGGACUUCCUACUGACGUUCACAAAUGCAGGAAAUUCGACGACAUAUGCCGGUGUUAUGGGUGAGGCAUUUGGGAGAGUUGGAUCAGUUGCGUUGCAGAUUUGUGUCAUGAUCACCACUGUCGGUUCCUUGAUCAUUUAUCUCAUUAUAAUUGGUGAUGUGUUGUCGGGGACUCAAUGCGAAGGAUCAAUACAUUUGGGUAUUCUGCAAGAAUGGUUUGGUAUCCAAUGGUGGAACACGCGUGCUCUUGCACUCUUCUUCACCGUACUGUUCGUGAUGUUUCCUCUUGCAUUGCUGCGCCAUGUAGAGUCGCUGCGGUUCACUUCAGCCAUCUCAGUUCUUCUUGCUGUUGUGUUUGUUGGCAUUAGUUCAGUGAUGGCUCUGGUUGCCCUUUGGGAAGGAAAAACACAACGUCCAAGACUGCUACCAGAUUUAACCAGCCAAACAUCUUUCUUUGAACUUUUCACUGCUGUUCCGGUCAUCGUGACGGCUUUCACCUUCCACUUCAAUGUUCAUCCAAUUGCAGCAGAGCUACCAAAUCCUUCCAAAAUGGUCUCCACCGUGCGAAUCUCACUAGUACUAUGCUCGGUGAUUUAUUUGACUGUGGGGUUCUUUGGUUACCUACUGUUCGGAGACUCCAUCAUGGCCGAUAUACUGGUUAAUUUUGACAGAAAUUCUGGUUCUCCUAUGGGAAAGUUACUUGAUGACACAGUUCGGUUAAGUUACGCACUCCAUCUAGUGUUGGUUUUCCCUCUGCUAAACUUCUCUCUUAGGGCCAACAUCCAUGAGCUCUUCGCCAGAUCAUCAUCUGCUUCAAAUACCACCCGAUUUGUCACUCUCAGCUGUUGUCUUCUGGGUUUCAUUUACUUCGCGGCCAUAGCCCUCCCAAAUAUAUGGUACUUUUUUCAGUUCAUGGGAUCAACAUCGGCUGUCUGCCUUGCAUUCAUUUUCCCAGGUGCCAUUGCCUUGAGAGAUGUUCGUGGGAUAUCCACAAGAAGAGAUAGGAUAUUGGCAGCUCUGAUGAUAAUCUUGGCAGUAAUUACAAGCACUAUUGCCAUUUCCUCCAAUGUAGCUAGUUUGACUAGAGAAUUGAAGUAACCUUCUUUCCUUUUUUA